ACAAAUGAUCAGAUGCUGUGCUAGCUCCUCCUUCAGUGGUCCUUUUCCUUCUUCUAGUCCCAGUCCCCUCUGUCUCCCUGAGUCAGUGGGGUUAUCUUUUUGUUUCUAAGAAUAAGAAAAGAAGGCUCUUUUAUAAAGAGUUAAGGCUAGAGAACAAGCUUUAGGUGGAACACACCGAAAUGGCUCAUCAAGACAACUUAGGGCAUUCCCAUGUCCAUGUGGAGGAGAAUGAUGCAGCAGGCAACCAGGGCCAGCAGGGUGCUAGACCACGUCAAACUAGAUUUCCAAGAAGAAAAUGCAAGCAGCUGCAUUCAGCACGGCCAGGGGGAGAAGAAACUAGGGUUUUGCAAGUUUACAAAUUUAUGAGUCGUCCCCCAGCUAUCAGCGUGCACUCCACUGGUGAAGAAGCUCUGGGGCUGUCCAGUAUUCCUGUGCCGAGAAACAGUGGAAGGACUGUGAAAACACUGGCUAGGUCUGCCAGCCCUUGGGUACGUCUUGAACCUGUACCGUGUUGGGUCAAAGACUGUACUGGACUGGCCUGCUCAGCAGAUCAUGGUCCUAGAAGACAUCUGAUAAAAGCCAAUCUCCAAGCUGAGAAAGAUAGCCUGAGAUCCGUGUUAAGAGAGGAGCUAUUCUCAAGGGAUGAAGACUAUGAUGGUUUGGGGACAGCCAGCUCCCAGGCAGGUGUUGUCAGCAGUGAUGCUCCCAGAAGCUUGGCAGAAGAGUUUUCACUAGUUCCCUUAAAUAUGCAAAGGAAAUAUUCUGCUUUGAAUUUUGACUUGCUAGUAGAAAGAUGUUUUAAAAGGCUCUGAGCUUCAGCACAUCUGUUUAGAAUUUAAGAUAGAGAUUUUCUUGAGAUAUGAAUGCCAAUCCUCAUGUACACAGUCUAUAGAAAUGCAGGCUGAAGUCUGCAUUAAACCCAUGAAGGUUCAAAUGGGGUGAAGCCCAGCACAUUUCUCUUAGAUUGACAGGCAGCAAGGAAGGACAAAACUGGAGAGAAAAUAAAUCCUUCAUAUGAGUUGCCUUCUUUGGGAGUUUAGAAUCCUGUAACAAUUAUAAGGUGUUAAAAAUGGAAAUAUGACUGAGUCUAAGCUAAUAUAAUGACUACUUCUUUUGCAUUUGUAAUGGAUAUACCAAGAAAUAUCGUCAUAUUUUGUCUCUUUCUCAGUAGUAUCGUCUCUUUUUUUAAUAACUUCUUGAAGGAUAUUUGAAAUUCAAAGCCCUCGUAUAUGCCACUGUUUCCUUUCAGUAAGUGCUUUAAUUUCUUCUAUAAAAGCCUAGAGGGUUUACUGUUUGUUUUGUGUUUUUCUUGAUCUAAAAAAUAUAAUUCACUGCAUAUAUUUGGUUGUUCAUAUAUCCAUAAACAGCUGUGUAAAGCAGUAUGAGAUAGCUAGGAUAUAUCCUAUGAUAAACAAAGGGUGAAAAGCCCAACCAUUCUCUAGUUGGGGUUAAUUGAUCAUGUGAAAUGAGCUUUAAUUUUUUUUAAAACUUACUUUGUUCUAAAGAUAUUGAAUUUUUCUCUUUUCUUUGUGAAAGAAUGUGUAGUUGAAAGCAACUCAAGGUCUAGAUUUGUUUCCUAUUUAGUCAGUAGGUGAAGUUUACAGAUAAUACUAGGCCAAGCUGUGUAACUACAGUAUGUCAUUACUGAAAACCUGACUGGUAAGCCUUCAUGUUAAUCUGAAAAUGCAUCCCAUUGGCAAAGUUCUGUUACAUCUCAAAGAUAGUACUCUUCACAAGGAAUAGACUUGAUAUAGUAGAAAAAUUAUGAAUAAUAAAUAAUAAAUUUUUUGGUGCUGCUUUCUUUUUUUCCUUCCUUUCUACCUCAUGAAGAACUUUUUUUUUCUUUUUCUUUUCUUUUUUUUUUUUUUUUGUGAGGGGGAGGGAGAGGUGGUUGUAGCUUUUAUUAUACUGAUCCACUUAAUGAUGUUAUGUACUUACUCUGUAGUGCUUCUUGCAUGGUUGAACUGCAACAGAAGUGUGCCUCUUCUGCUUUGGAUAAUAAGGGAGGAAUACAGUGAUGGUGGCUGUCUAUCCUGUUGAUCACAUAGGACCAGGCAGGCUGCCUUAUUCUUCCAGGUGCUGUUGCAGAGAAUCAGUCUGCAUUACUAAGGCAUUGCAGACACUUGUCUUAAUCCAAAUAUAAUAAACCAAAACGCCAAACUUUUAGGGAAGGUUUGUUGACUUCUCUGAACCUGCACACGAGCUUAAAAUUAAACAUAUCUUUAAACUUAUUUGCUGAGUCAAUGUCCUCAGAGCAGAGACUGUGAGGGAUUUUAGGAACAGCAUGAAGUUUUACUGGAGUGCAUCAAGCAGCUUCUGCUAUAACUCAUGUGUAUACCCAAAUUGAGAAUGGGCUGCUGCAUUAGUCAGAUCUUGCAGAGUUUGUAAAUUAAAGCUUCUUCUCAAGAGGUCUGUGAAAACAAACAACUCAAACAAUGCUAAUCCUAUGUGUUUGUUCUUGAAAAUGGUGAAAGUAGGAAUAGUGCUUUUCCCCUUACACCCGACCUUCCCAAUUAAAGCUCAUUCUUUUUGAGUGAUACUUGCACAGCCUUAUAAGCUGUUUUUCCCUUUUUUUUUUUUUUUUCUCUUCAUUUUUUUCAAAGGCUUCUCACUGAGCUAGAGUGAGGCUUUGUGUAUACCUGCUAGUAAGAUAUUUAGUAGGCAAAGAGAAAUGAAUAAAAACUGACAUACCGGUUGCAUUGCUUUGCAAAUUAGGGGUUUCCAGCAAUACUCUGAGCUCAUGCACCCAAAUCCCCUCAGGCCUAUGAGUCUAGACUGAAAAAAUGGAAGCUCUUUCUCCUUUGAAGUUAAUGUUAUCUUCUGUUUGGUAUAAAUUACAACAAAGCAGUAUUGUAAACAUGUAUAGGUCAGUUCAUCUGACAAGCUUGCCCUAUAAAGGUACAACAGGGUGCAAUGCAGAAAUAACAUUUUUGUCUGGUUGUUAUAGUUGAAAUACUGUAAGGUAUCUAUGGAUUCAUCUAUAAAUUUGCCUUUGAUUGUAUACAUUUCAGAAAGUGAUAUGUUUGUGAAGUCAGCUGGCAUGGUUUCACACAGUCUUCUUUCAAGAGCUUCUUUGAGAGAGAGGCUCAUGGAACUUUAAAAAAAAAAAAGUCAGAAAUGUCACCAGUGGGUAGUAAGACACCAAGCAUUGUAGAGGUGUCAGCUUCCUGACAGCAUGAUUCAGUAACGUGCAUUUUCAACUUGACAACUAUACAGUUUUUCCUUGUGCAUCUGAGAUCCUGUAAGCAUUUUUGUGCACGCUUGUCUCUUCUCACAAAUGAUCCUACAACUGGGAUUUUUAUCACGUGUUGAGUUAAACACAAGUGUAAAGGCCUGAAAGAUC